UUUUUUUGUCAGAAAUGUGCAGUUCCCCUCGUACGUUACCCCACAGGCCUAUUUCAGUCCAAUCUCUCGUUGUGAGUAGAGCCAGCAGAUUCUCUCUGACAUACUUCCCCCCCUUCAGUCUCUGGGGUCGCAUUUCAUAUAUAUUUCAUACUUGCUCCACAUCCUUGUCAGUGCAUGCUGGGUAAAUCCCGGCUGAUUAUCUAUAAAUACACUAAUGUAACUAAAGGAGAAUCAAUAAAUGAUUGCCUCUUAGGAAAUGAGUCAUUGAAAUAUUUAAGGUUUCGGUGGUCGACAGAUGGAAUACACUAAUGGGAGCGUACUGGAAAAUGACAACACAAUUUCAUGCUGGUCAUCUUGGAUAAGUCUAUUUAUCAGGAUAUCAUGAAGAGAACUAGCAGAUGUUGUUUUGUGGGAACGCUCUGCUCUAUACCGGCUUCAAUACUUCAUGCAGCCUCCUCAGAAAACAUCAGUGGUAUUUAAGAAACCAGUGUGACUAUGAUGUGUAAUGACAAUGUGCUUCUGUCAGGUCCUCCUGUCAAUGUCACCUGUAACAUCUUCAUCAACAGCUUCGGAUCCAUCACUGAAACAACUAUGGACUACAGGCUCAAUGUAUUUCUGCGACAGCAGUGGAAUGACCCUCGACUAGCAUAUAAGGAAUAUCCAGAUGACUCUCUGGACCUGGAUCCCUCAAUGUUGGACUCUAUUUGGAAACCUGACCUGUUCUUUGCAAAUGAAAAGGGAGCAAACUUUCACGAGGUUACAACAGACAACAAACUGCUUCGGAUAUUCCAGAAUGGAAAUGUCCUCUACAGCAUCAGGCUGACGCUUACCCUUUCCUGUCCCAUGGAUCUGAAAAACUUCCCCAUGGACAGCCAGACGUGUACGAUGCAGCUUGAAAGCUUUGGCUACACCAUGAAUGAUCUGAUUUUUGAAUGGCUGGAUGUGGGAGCGGUGCAGGUGGCUGAUGAUCUGACGCUCCCUCAGUUUGUGCUGAAAGAGGAGAAAGGCCUCGGCUAUUGCACCAAGAACUACAACACAGGUAAAUUCACCUGCAUUGAGGUCAAAUUCUACCUGGAGCGUCAAAUGGGCUACUACCUGAUCCAGAUGUACAUACCGAGCCUGCUCACUGUCAUCCUGUCCUGGGUGUCGUUCUGGAUCAACAUGGAUGCAGCCCCGGCCAGAGUGGGACUGGGAAUCACUACAGUGCUCACCAUGACGACACAGAGCUCUGGCUCCAGAGCCUCCCUGCCCAAGGUGUCCUAUGUGAAAGCCAUCGACAUCUGGAUGGCAGUGUGUCUUCUUUUCGUGUUUGCCGCACUACUGGAGUAUGCAGCUGUUAAUUUUGUUUCACGCCAGCACAAGGAGUUCUUCAGACUGAGGAAGAAGCUCAAAGAACAACAGCGACAGAGAACUGCAAGUGGUGACAGUAAGGUGAAAGGAAGCCAAAUGUCAGGCAACAAUGCUCCUCAUGGGAACGUAGCCCAGCGGUGCAGUGUCUGUGCCAAGGAGGAGGAGCUGGCACAGCAGGGAUUACUCUUCCAGAGUUUUGGACUUGCGCUGUCAACAGGAAGUGGACCGGAAAUGGAUGCAACACCAGUAUUUGCUGAUUUACCUCCUGGCUUAGGUUUCUAUGACAUACGUAGGCGCUUUGUGGAUCGGGCAAAAAGGAUUGACACCAUCUCCCGAGCUCUCUUCCCCAUGAGCUUCCUCAUGUUUAAUGUCCUUUACUGGCUUACCUACAAAGUUCUACGACAUGAAGACCUUCUAGCCACACUGUGACAAUGCAACAACUGAGGACCAUUAAGACACCGGAUACCUUUAAUUCUACUCUCAUCACUGAAACAUUUACAUGCUGAGAGUCCUCAGCUGAGCCAUGCAAGAUGCGUUUUGACUGCAUGUCCAAUGCAAUUGGAAAAUUCCACGACAUGGAACAGUCCGUCGGUUUCUUUUAAUUUUUAAUACUUCCAAAGAUAUGCACUUUUUAUUGGCAUGGAUGCUUUAUGCAUUACGUGUCAGUGAACAGUAUGUGUGUACAAUCAGCAUCUUAAGUAUUUCAACUUACACUUUUUUGGAAACAUUUCUGUGUGUGCAGUUACUGUAGAUUCACAUGUAUUUGGACUACAGCACACCCUUACCAGGUCUACAUUUUUUUUUAUUAUGCACUAAUUUAACUGGUGGCACAGUCAACAGUGUCCAGAGCUACAGGUUUCUUAUCAUCAGACAAAACAUAUCACUACAAGCAGGAAUUACACUUUGAAACAGAAACAUCUUUACCGUGUUUCUCACAUUAACCAUACUUUACAGAGCUGAAAAAUACAUUAAUGGAAACAUUUAGUUUCUUUGUAUGCUGCAGAAAUAUAGGAUUGAAUGCUAUUUUUUUUGACAUGGCUAUUUUAUCUAUCAUAAUAGUAAUCAGUUACGUUUCAAACCCUCCAAGACUACCUGUAAUAUAAACAGGAAAGUUUUUUGAAAUGUCUUUCAAAUUUAAAUUAAGUAAUACGUAUUAUUCAACCUCAACCAUCUCAGUCUUCAGUUUCAAACCUGCAUACUUUCCAGGGAUUUAUAUGACCAAUAUUCAAUCCUUUAACAAGAAUAACAUGAAAUGUGGAUUAGAUGCUAACGAGCUCUGGAGAGUGGUGUAUAAUGCCAGCUAGUUUUUAUUCAUAUCAAAAUGAUUACAAAUAAUCAUAUUAAAUAUAUUGUAUCAACAAAAAGGUUGAAUUCAGGUUGUUGGAGAUUGGCUUACUUGGUAAUGGGAAUUGGCUGCAUGAGAACAGUUAUCAAAACAUGUUGCUUAACUAAUGUUCUCCUGAGGCCUGCACGCUGAGAAUAAAUUGUCUCUGUGUAUUUUUUCCUAAGAAACAAACACAUCCCUGAAACUCUUUGUUGGUCAAUAUAAAAUAAAGAAAUGCUAUGAUAUGAAAACAUAUUGUAACCUUUCUUAUGCAUCAUUGUGAUGAGGUAAUUUUUUUUCCUCCAUAAAUUUAACAGCUUUUGACAAACUAAACCAAAGGAUUACAUUUAAUUUACACACUUAAUUAUCAUGACAUUAAAAUGUUAAAAGUAAGACUUUCUCUAUGGCCAGAAGCAUCUAACCAGCAAUGAAAGACUUUUUACUAGAUUUGUCUUCCCUCCAAUACUUUCCUCAGUCACUGUUAAUCUCAAUCCUCACUCUAAAAGUGCAAAAUGCCACAGUAAUAACUGUCUCUUGAACUGUUUCCAUGACUUGCCCAGUACCUCACACUGUAUUUUAACAUAUUGAGAGAUUAGCUUUCCUGUGGGCACAUCUGCAUGGAGACCAGGUCCAUCUCUAGAAACCUAGUCUCAUUUUAAAAAUAAAUCUUGUCAUAA